GUUUUAUAAACUGGUUGUCAGUUGUCAGCGUAAUGUCACUCGCGUUUGACAUUAUUUACAUUAUGCUCUCACGAAACGUAAAAAUUUGAACAAAAAACCCUUCAUUCAGAAUGAUCAUGUAGUGUAACCCGUUCGUAUCCUUCUAAGCAAUAAUGCCCCUCUCAAUGCUCAACUUCCCGCAAUAAAAUUUGCUCAUCGCGACAAUAUGCGGCCCCAGAUAAUCAAUUUCUCCCUGCGAGGGAUCGUGGUGUGUUUGUUUGUUUUGGUGGGCAACGCGUCCGUCGACCUGGUGCCGUGCGACAAAACGCGUCGCGUGUUCACCAACUCGUGGGGCGUCAUCACCGACGGCCCCGUCGGCUCCAACUACACCCAGGACAGCCACUGCGAGUGGCUCAUCAAGGCCAACGACAGCCACAAGUUCAUCACUUUGAGUUUCCGGAGCAUGGGCACGGAGUGCUCCUACGACUACGUCUUCGUCUACGACGGCGACUCCUUCAGGUCGCCGCUCCUCGGCAGCUUCAGCGGCAAGACCGAGCCCCAGAAAGUCAUCGCCUCGUCGGGCUACAUGCUGGUGCUGCUCUACAGCGACACGAACUACGUCCUGGACGGCUUCCGCGCCGAGUUCUCCAUCACCGACUGCCCCAACAACUGCUCCAACCACGGGCUGUGCUACGAGCACAGCUGCGUGUGCGAGAGCGACUGGGGCGGCUACGACUGCUCGAAGAAGCUGUGCCCCGAGCACUGCGGGGCCAAGGCGCGCCCCCAGCGGGGCCACUGCGAGGAGGGGCUCUGUGUGUGCAAGCCGGGCUUUUCCGGACAGGCGUGCAGUCUCUACCAGCGGGACAACGUGGGGAACAAGUGGCACUGGUUAUCGCACUCGGAAGGGGGCCUCCAGCCGCGGGCCGCCCACACUGCCGUCUACAUCGAAUCGACUGACUCUCUAUACGUUUUUGGCGGUUAUAAUCUCAACCAAAUACUCAGCAAUUUGGAAAUUUAUAGUUUUAAAAAUAGCACGUGGCGGGACGAAAACGGCCAAAUUUUGCCAGAUAAAGGGUUACUCAACGCUAUUAACCCCAGUUCUGUGGCUAAGUUGAUCCAACAUGCGGGCCCAGACUGGGAGCAAAAGUGGGGGUUGAACUCCCCCAAGUCAUUUUUUCGCAAUUCUCUCUAUGCCGUUGUUAAUGACAAUGCCACGAUUUUUACAAGACGGAGGCAAAGACACUCGAGAAUUCCCGAAGGUCACAAACCUAAAGCCAGGUACGGACAUGCCGCCUGUGCCCAAGAAAAUGGUUUUGUGAUUUUUGGCGGGAAAUUGGAAAAUGGUAGUUUAGCCAAUGAUUUGUGGUUCUACGAUGUGCAUUCACGAAAGUGGCAUCAAAGAGCCCUAAUGUCACUAUUACAACCGCCCCCUUUAACCCGUCACACUCUCACAAGAGCAGGUGAUGUCAUAUACUUAUUUGGGGGAAGUACCGAAGACGGGGAAUUUUCCUCCCGACUUUUUGCCAUUACCUUACAACCAGACGGGAGUGAAAAUUGGCAGGAAGUACGCCCCCGUGGGGGUAAAGAGUUGGACGUACGUGUCGUAGCUCACAGUACUGUCUACCACGCCCCAACCAACUCCCUCCUGGUCUAUGGAGGUAUAGUAGCUGGAGUGGCCCGAUUUUCGAAAUUAUCGGACCGUAUGUUUGCCUUCCAACUUGACGACCGUCACUGGACCGAAAUUCACUACACCAGAGAGCACCUACGGGAGAAAUACGUUCCACGGGAACGUGCCUUCCACACAGCUAACAUUUUCGGGAACUAUCUAAUAGUCUUCGGUGGUUACUCGCACCGGCACAACAAGGAAGAAAUCUGCUACGACAACCAGAUGUAUUUGUACCACCUGGGUUGCCACACGUGGGUGAACCCCGAAAUUUUGGGCAAGACGAACGAUUCGCGCUACCCCAAACACCAGGGGGUUUUCGCACACGCUGCAACCGUCCGUAACGGCAACACCCUCCUCCUGGUUGGCGGCUAUCACGGUAACGUCAACGGCGACCUCCUGGCCUACACCGUCCCCCCGAUGAUCGCCUCCCGCAAAGGGGAGCCUUACGACCCGGAGUCGGCCUGCAUCCGCCACCGGAACUACGGCGAGUGUUCGGCCGACCCGGAGUGUGGCUGGUGUUCCGCCGACGAGUUGUGCUACGGAAGGACAAUCGGGGCGAAUUGCACCACCAAUUUGCAGACAACCCGGUGUCCGGGGGUUUGCCCCGCUCUGGGGGAUUGCCACUCGUGUCUGAUCCACGGGCACGUGCACGCCGGGGUGCAGCCGUUGGUCUCGGCGUCGCAUAAGCUGGGCCUGGGGGAGUGCACAUGGUGUGUGCAAAAUGCGAGGUGUCAUCACAAGGACGAUAAUUACGGGGUGUGUGGCUUGAGGGAGGACAGUCCGAGUCAGAUUCCGGGCUGGUGGGGGCCCAAGGGGACCGAAGUGGUGGAGCCCGAACAGUGCAGGGAGCUGGACAGGAGGCCCGGCUUGACGUUUGUGAAGUACCAUCAUCCGGUGAAUUUUACGCAGCCGGACCAUGUCGCCAUUAUUAAUGCGACGACGGUGGAUUUCAACAGCCCCACGAGCCCCAUGUUGCGCGGCGACGCCACGGCCGGGGGCGAAAUGGUGGCCCGUCUGGUGGGCUCUCUGUGUUUGCCAACUGAUUGGCAAGAAAUGCUCAACGUUUGCAUAAGCUAUUGCAGUGCCACAUUGAAAAUUUCCGAUAAUUUGGUUACGAACGUCUCGGCCGAAAAUAACGAAUGCAAGUCGGCAAAGUGGCCGUUUAAUGAGACUUCCGGCAAGGUUUCAGUCGAUUUCGAGAGUCAUAAAAUGGUUACGUUGGGCUCGUACAACAAUCUGCACCAGCAGAGCAAAAUGGAAUUGCAACAUAAAAAAGAUACCGACGAGCAGGCAAAGGUCUUCACCUUCGAAUACCUCGAACCGUACGCGAACGGCACUUGCUCCCAAUACAAAAACUGUCUUUACUGCCUCACCGACUCCCAAUGCGGCUGGUGCGAGGCCAACAACGAAUGCGUCUCUCGUCACGAAGACGAAAGCCUCACUUGCACCACCGGCGACGCCGACUGGCGCUAUCUCACCCUCCAGCCCAGCGCCUGUUCCAACUGCUCCAACUACAUCUCCUGCGAGAGUUGUGUUGGUUCAGGCCUUUGCCAGUGGUCAAUCGAGGACGCGAAAUGCUCGCGCGUUGUGCAGAAAGCCGAAGCCGCCGUUUCCAUAGACCAGUGUCCAACUCCUUGUUACAAACGUCCAGACUGCGCCUCUUGUCUCGACCAGAAAGGCAGAUGCGUCUGGUGCGAAGCAACGCAGCAAUGUUUCAGUUUUUCCGUUUAUACGAGCGAGUACCAGUUUGGACUAUGUCGCGAGUGGCUUGACCAAGCGUUUCCUUUGGUCACGGCACAGGAUAACAGCAUUUUGCCGGCACCACGUGCCGAAGAACAAUGCAAAUCGUGUUCUUUGCACACGAAUUGUUCGCGGUGUUUGAGCUCGUUGAGUUGCGGUUGGUGUUAUAACGGCUCCAAUCCCAUGACUGGGAUGUGCGUUCAGGGGGAUUUUAAUAACCCGCAUGUUAAUUGUUCCGAGGCUUUGGGGAUCACGGAUGCCAAGUGGGCUUACGCCCAAUGUCCUGAUGUGGACGAGUGUGGGCUGGGGUUGCAUGAUUGUCACCCACAAGCCAUUUGUACCAACACUGAUGGGUCGUUUAGUUGCCAUUGUCGUAAGGGGUAUAUCGGAGAUGGGAGGACUUCGUGCAUACGCACUUGUUACAACGUUUGUGUCCAUGGGCGGUGUCAGGGCGAGCCUGACUAUGCCUGCAAGUGCGAUCUGGGGUGGUUUGGGGAUGACUGUUCGAAAAAUUGUGGUUGUAAUAACCACUCGGCUUGUCCCGAAGGUGAGGGCAUUUGUGAGGAGUGCAUGGAUUGGUCCAUGGGUGAGUUCUGCGAAGAGUGCAAGCCAGGGAGUUACGGGAAUGCGACGACUGAACAAGGUUGUCACCAAUGCGAAUGUAACGGGCAUGGGAUUAAAGAAUUGGGCGAAUGUGAUAAUGUAACUGGCACUUGUUACUGCCAAGAUAACACAGAAGGGGAACAUUGCGAGCGGUGCAAAAUGAAUUAUUAUGGGGAUCCCAGAAACGGGAAGCAAUGCUACUACCAGUGUGAAGCUAGAGGGGUUUUGGAUGAGUCUCGAGGGCAAGGCAUCAGCUCCAUGCAGGCCUACAGCGCCCCAUGGGGCGGAUCCCCCACCAGAGAAUGCCUCUGGAUAAUCAAACCGGAUGUGGACUACGGAACUCCAAUUAUCCAAUUACAGAUCAAUUCUAGUCAAUUAAACGUAACCUGUGGCGAAAACGCCGUAUACGUAUACGACGGUCUCCCCGAGCUCGUCGACAUGGGCAGCCAAAGCGCGCUCUCUGCCGUCUUCUGCACCGAGGAAGCUCUUCCCGUCUCGACCGUCGAGUCCCGCACGGGCCAACUGACCGUUCACUACAAGCAAGGGCUGCCUGGUGAAGGUUUCAGUGCAAUGUAUAAAGUAUUAAACUGUGAGGACAACUGUGAGCCCCCUCGCGAAUGUGUCCGCGGACAGUGUGUGUGCCAGGAGGGUCUCGUGGGCUACAACUGCGAAGAAGUGAUCUGUCCCCGAAACUGCACCUAUGCCAAACAGCAAGGCACGUGCGACAAAGCCUAUGGAAGGUGCAUCUGUGCGCCAGGCUGGGUGGGACCAUCGUGUGACAUAAGGGCAAACGGGACCCAAAUCCUCUUCACCGAACUCUUCAACACGAUUCGCUUGGCCGACAAUUUGGAGCACCUCCGCAAAACGCUGCCGCGCUUCGGGCACUCGUUGGUGUCGGAUCGGAGGGGCUCCUUGUGGAUGUUCGGGGGCUACUCCCUCUCGCACGGCCCCCUCAACGACAUCCGUCUGUUCGACACGCGAAACAGCACUUGGAUGCAAGUCACAGUGGAUUCGACGACGCCCGACGCCAAAAUGCCGCAAGGGCGCUAUUUUCACGGCGCUGAUAUUAUCUACUCCAAGCAGGCGAUUUACGUCUAUGGCGGUUUAACCAAGCCGGUUAAAGCCUCAAAUAACCGGACUUUGGACGACUUCUGGCAGUUUGAUAUCCAGAAUCAGCGCUGGGGCGAAAUUGAGAAAAGUAACGAGUGGCCACCGCCACUCUCUAGCCACACUCUGACGUCGUAUCGGAACUCCACGUCGGAGAGUUUGAUUCUAAUCGGCGGGAUUUCGCCCCAGAGUGACUUCCAUAGUGUUGUAUGGGAGUUCCGACUGGAUAAAGAGCAGUGGCAGGAGUGCAGGACAAAGGGACAGGGACCGGUCGGGAUUUUCGGCCACAGUACCGUGUUUCAUGCUCAAACUAACAGUCUUUACGUUUUCGGGGGGUAUAUUUACGAGUCGCAAGCGUCACGACUGUCGAAUAAGUUGUACAUGCUCAAUUAUGAUACGAAAACUUGGACGGAGUUGAACGAACUUGGCGCGUCUUUGUAUCUGCCCCGGCCUAGAUUUUUCCACUCGGCUGUUACCACCGAUAAUUUCAUGUUUGUGAUGGGGGGACGGAUUUUCCCGUGGAACAUAAGCGACACACUUUACGCCUAUUCGUACAAUUGCAACCGCUGGAUUAAUUUAAUGUCGGAAGCGUUGGAAAAAGUCGGGCCUUUGCCCAUACAAACAUACGCACAAGCUAUGACCAUUGAACCCGACGGAGACGCCGCUUAUAUCGUUGGAGGCUGGGGCAGCGAUUCCCAAUGUUCCGUUCUUCGAUUAGAACUGCCGGAAGACCUUUGUUCGUUAUGGCCAACUCGGGAUAGUUGUUUCCGGAUGGCUGGGUGCGGUUACUGCGCUUAUAAAGUCGGGGAGGAAGUUAUGUCAGAAGUGUGCCACAGUAAUGCGAAGGAAUGUCCCUUGCAGGACUCCCCAGCCAAUGCCUCAAAAAUCUCGAAUCCUGGAACAGUAUGCAACGAACCGGUCGUAUCCCGGAAUUGUUCCUCAAUGACCGAUUGCGCUUCAUGCGUAAAAAUCGGCUGCCGUUUUUGCGAAAACACUUGCACGUCGAACGCCACGUGUCCAGUGGACACACUAACCGAAUGUUUCCCGAACAAUUGCUCGGCCAAAAAUUACGAAAAUUGCCGGCAAACGCCUGGCUGUGAUUGGAAUUGUUCCAAAGGAGAGUGUGUCCCAUUGUUGAAAGGCCAAGAACCGAACCCGAAACCUUGCCCACAGUCCUGUAUGCACUACAAUACGUGCGCUUCUUGCCUGGAAACUGUGCAUUGCCGCUGGUCUACACAACUAGAUGAGUGUAUUUCGGCGCUUUAUCAACCGGCCUAUUGUGCUGGUGGUGUUUGUGGGCUAGUUUUACAAGCCGAUGAUAAGCAAUACUGCCCAGCACCUUGUAGCUCGUUCAGUCAGUGUUCCCACUGUUUGAGACAUGCCCAUUGUGGGUGGUGCGCUGGGCCCGGGAAUGGGGACGGCGUUUGCACUGAAGGGUCAAACGAACGGCCCAUGCAUGGGACUUGCAACGAUAUCUUCAUGAAAGAAAACCCGAAUGAGGAUUUGCAAAACGUGACCUCGACUUGGCACUACGUGCGGUGUCCGGAAGAGGACGAGUGCACGAACGGCCACCACAACUGCGAGGCGGAGUCCCAGCGCUGUGUCGAUAAGCCCCAGGGCUUCGAGUGUGAGUGCGGCCCCGGUUACAAGGCCGCAAGUUCGACGAAACUCUCGACUGGGUCUACGGUUUGUGAGCCGGUUUGUCUCCUGGGCUGCGUUCGUGGUCAGUGUGUCCAACCUAACAAAUGCCAGUGCGAUUUUGGCUAUGUUGGCGCUAACUGCAGCAUCCAGUGUCAGUGCAAUGGCCACGCUAACUGUGAAGGUCCCGACAAGUUGGAUAAGUGCUUAACUUGCUAUAAUAACACCAUGGGGGCGCAGUGCGAGAAGUGCAAGCCGUUGUUCGUGGGGGACCCCUCAGAUGGGGGGCAGUGUGUGCCGUGUCUGGAGUAUUGUCACGGACACACCCCCAUCUGUGUGGAUAAUAGUACAGAUGUCGAUUUUAUCGACUUUAUUGACUAUGAGUCGGAGCGGUUCUUGAAAAAUAUUAAGGAGGGGCCCAAAGCGUUUGCCAAGUGUCUUAAGUGCACCAAUCAAACGGCGGGCCCCCGAUGUGAAGAUUGUAUAGUCGGUAAUUUCAGGGGGACUGAGGACCAUCGUGAUCCUUGUAGACCGUGUGAUUGUCACGGUCAUGGGGACACUUGUGACCCCGUUACUGGGGAUAAAUGUAAUUGUAAAAAUAACACAGAGAGUGAUGCGUGUGGUGGGUCUGGAAAAAAUUCAGCUCAUCCGUGUUGGAUGGUCCAGUGUUCCAAAUGCAAGGAAGGGUAUUUGGGGACCCCCACUUCGGGGCACCAGUGUUACAAACAGAUGGCGGUCGAGUCCAAGAUGUGUUUCGAUGCCAAGCCCAUCGAUGAAUGUAAGAUCAAGCCCAAGCCUCUGCACCCGGGCGAGAUGGUGUUUUUCGUAAUCCAGCCCCGUUUCAUGAACGUGGACAUCCGAAUAAUAAUUGACGUAACUCAAGGCAACUUGAACGUAUACAUGAGCACCCAUGACGACACAUACGUAGCAUAUCCGAACUCAACCACCGGCCUCAACACCAUAGACCUCGACGCUCAGUACAGCCAUUGGGAAAACGGUUCUCAGAAAAUCCGAGACGCGUUUCUCGAACACGAAGCGGUGGGAUUGCACACCUACAUCACAAUCACUCAGCCAAACACAAUCCUUGCCGUUAAAAAUCUCAGAGACAGAUUAGUGAUAACGCUUCCAGAAGAGUACCACAGUUUGGAGUCGACGCGAUUCUUUCUGGUGUUGCAAGCUCUCGAUCCGGGCGAUUCCGAGAAAAAGGUCGCUUACGGGAUAGUGUUUUCGCGCCAGGAUCAGCUGCAUAUUGAUCUGUUCGUGUUCUUCUCCGUGUUCUUUUCGUGUUUCUUUUUGUUUCUGGCGGCUUGUGUUGUGGCCUGGAAGGCGAAACAAGCGGCCGACGUCAGGAGGGCUCGACGGAGGCACGUCGUCGAGAUGCUGCACAUGGCCAAGAGGCCGUUCGCGAGUGUUACCUUAAACCUAAGUACCAGAGCUAAACCUAAGAAGUCUGCUCAUUGUGAUUUGAGGCCCGUUGCAGUCGAACCUACAGAUGAUGGGUUGGCGGCCGUCGCAACGGUCUUUGUGAGUUUGCCGGGGGGCCAGAGCCCCUGUGUGAAGCUCGCUUUAGCGUCGUCUUUAAUCCUCCUAGUCCGACAGUUUCCCACAGGAGGAAGAACCUUCUUAAGGAGGCGGUCUGCGCACGCAGCGCCACCUACUUAAGCAUUGACUCUCUUACGUGAAUAUGUGUACCUAUAUGUUUUAUAUGUUACAUAGAUGGAUGUUUAUUUAUAAAAAUAAAUAUUUUUUAAAUGUU